AGGUGUAUCAUCCACCAGCCACACGGAUGAUGGGGGUUCGAAGAUGGACUUUAAGUCCAUAAUGAAAGAUAUCGAAUUUUUGGGCUCUACACACAUGACCUGGAAAGAGAAGAAAGAGCUGGAGAACAAGAAGGUUGUCUCUUUGGGCGGAAAGCCUCCCAAGAGGCAGAGGUUACCCCUUAGUGUUGCAAGAGUGUCAAUGAAGAAACAGAAGGAAAGGGAGGAAAAAAUGCUUCAAGAGAAUUUGAUACUCGGACGAUUUUCAAGCAAUCGUGGUAGGGAUGCUAAAAAGACAGAGAGGCGCAGUUCCGAGGACAGAGUGCUGAAGUCAACUGAAGGUCAUUUUAGAAACGGUGUGCUUGAUGUGAAACAUUUAUUACGACCUUCAGCGCCUAGAGUCAAUGAUAGCAGGCCUGUUGCUGAUAAGAAAAAGAAGAAGAAAAAGGGUGGUAAGAAGACUCGUGGGAAGAGAAAUGGUGGUAGGAAGCACCGGCAGGACAUCUAAAAUUGCUUGUAUAAUUAACGUGUUGCAGGGCUCUAACUGGCCGUGGA